AUGCUACUUCGCAAUGCUUGUGCGGGUCGGAUCGUCAAAUCCGGAGCUGUUCGAUCCCUGUCCACUUCGUGGUGGAAGCACGUGGAGCCAGCUCCCAAGGAUCCGAUCCUUGGAGUCACCGAAGCUUUCCUUGCUGAUCCUAGUCCUGAAAAAGUGAAUGUUGGAGUUGGUGCAUAUCGUGAUGAUAAUGGAAAGCCGGUGGUUCUGGAGUGCGUCAGGGAAGCGGAGCGGAGAAUCGCCGGUAAUUUGAAUAUGGAAUAUCUUCCCAUGGGAGGAAGUGUAAAUAUGGUAGAGGAGACUCUGAAGCUGGCGUAUGGGGAGAACUCUGACUUAAUCAAAGAGAAGCGGAUUGCAGCUGUACAGGCUCUCUCUGGGACUGGUGCAUGCCGGCUCUUUGCAGAUUUCCAAAAGCGUUUUUCCCCUCAUUCACAAAUCUACAUUCCAGUUCCCACCUGGGCGAAUCAUCACAACAUAUGGAGAGAUGCUCAUGUUCCUCAGAACACAUUCCAUUAUUAUCAUCCAGAGUCUCGGGGUUUGGACUUUGCUUCAAUGAUGGAGGACAUAAAGAGUGCACCAAAUGGGUCUUUCUUUUUGCUUCAUGCUUGUGCUCAUAAUCCAACUGGAGUGGAUCCUACAGAAGAACAAUGGCGAGAGAUCUCACACCAGUUCAAGGUCAAGGGGCACUUUGCCUUCUUUGACAUGGCAUAUCAAGGUUUUGCUAGUGGUGAUCCAGAGAGGGAUGCCAAGUCUAUUAGAAUUUUUCUAGAGGAUGGCCAUUUGAUUGGAUGUGCCCAAUCAUAUGCAAAGAAUAUGGGACUUUAUGGCCAGAGAGUGGGUUGCCUGAGUGUAGUUUGUGACAAUGAGAAACAAGCUGUUGCGGUUAAAAGUCAGUUGCAGCAGCUCGCAAGACCUAUGUAUAGUAAUCCACCUGUUCAUGGCGCCCUCGUUGUUUCUAUCAUUCUUGGCGAUCCAGAGUUGAAGAAACUAUGGCUGAAAGAAGUAAAAGGAAUGGCUGAUCGCAUCAUUGGAAUGAGAAGUGCUUUGAAAGAAAACCUAGAAAAGUUAGGUUCGCCUCUUUCGUGGGAGCACAUAACCAAGCAGAUUGGCAUGUUUUGCUAUAGUGGGAUGACCCCUGAACAAGUUGAUCGCUUGACAAAGGAAUUUCACAUUUACAUGACUCGUAAUGGCCGUAUUAGUAUGGCUGGAGUCACUACGGGGAACGUUGGUUAUUUGGCAAAUGCGAUUCAUGAGGUCACAAAAUCGGCUUAG